UCUAUGUGCCUCUCCCUCCUCUUUCUGUACCUCUCAUUGUGUGCCCCUCUCUCCUCUCUGCCUCUGUGUGCCUCUCUCUGUGCCUCUCAUUGUGUGCCCCUCUCUGCCUCUCUCUGUGCCUCUCAUUGUGUGCCCCUCUCUGUGUGCCUCGCUCUGUGCCUCUCAUUGCGUGCCCCUCUCUCCUCCCUGCCUCUCUCUCUGCAUCUCAUUGCGUGCCCCUCUCUCCUCCCUGCCUCUCUCUCUGUGCCCCUCUCUGCCUCUCUCUCUGUGCCUCUCAUUGUGUGCCCCUCUCUGUGUGCCUCUCUCUGUGCCUCUCAUUGCGUGCCCCUCUCUCCUCCCUGCCUCUCUCUGUGUGCCCCUCUCUGCCUCUUUCUGUGUGACUCUCACUCUGUGCCUCUUAUUGUGUGCCUCCCCCCCCCUCUCCUUUCUGUGAGUCAUUCUCUGUCUCAAACUAUCCCCCCCACACACACUUUUUUUAUUUUGUAUAUUAUGGUUUCAUUAUUUUGAUGUCACUGUGAAUGGAGAUGUGAACAACAAAAGUUCCUGCUCGUUGGCCAGCAGACCAGCAGCAGACCCAGAUUUCCGAAGUGACUUGGAAGAAAACGAGAUGAGAAUGUUGGUGAAAUCCUGACAGGCCUUUCAGAAGGACUCUCCUGUCGAUUCUCCUACAGUGGGCCGGCCAAAAUUUGGUUGUGGGUGGCGAUUUCAACUUGGUAUUCGACCCAUCCAUGGACAGAUCUCGGGUAUUCCAGGAUGAACGGGCAUUUAUCCAAUUAUCCCGGGCGAUUAGGGAAUAAGUCUCCUGAUAUCAGCAACAAUGAGUUAUCCUCCGUAAAAUCAGAAAAACAUGGAAGGAUGAGCGCCAAGAGUCUCUACGGGGGAGAUGGAAUUUAUUUCUUUAGAUCUUCAUCCAAGCAAAAGAAAAAAGAGCAAAGGAAGAGCUAUGGCCGGGAUACUGUCAGCGUCAUAUCCGAGACGUCCCAGUAUCGCGUUGAGCAUCUCACCACCUUCACCAUGGACCGAAAAGAUGCCAUGUUAACUGUGGAUGACGGGAUACGGAAACUGAAGUUAUUGGACGCAAAAGGAAAAGUGUGGACCCAAGAUAUGUUUCUGCAAGUUGAUGACAAAGGUGUUAGUCUGUAUGAUAUAGAGUCCAAGAAUGAAUUAGAAACUUUUCCAGCAAGUACCAUACAGCACUGUAAGGCCGUGAUGAACGCCUGCAGAUAUGAUUCCAUUCUUGCCCUUGUUUGCAAAGAGCCAACACAAAACAAAGCUGAUCUGCACCUCUUUCAGUGUGAAGCGGUCAAGGCUUCUGGUAUCCAACAAGAUAUUGACAGUGCGGUGAAUGACAGCAAAGGAGGAAAAGUGAGGACGCGGCCCGACACACUCAGGACCAUAACAGCAGAUAACAAAGUGCCCCCACCCCCCCAAGCUCUUGCCCCCCAACCCCCGGGAUCUGUAACACAAAUGGAUGUGCGCAGCAGAGUGGCGGCCUGGUCUGCGUGGGCGGCUGAGUAUGGAGACUAUGACCGGGUCCGACAAGGCGCAGAUCAGGAAGAGACCCCACAGAUGAUUGAAGCCAGGAUUGACAGAGAUGUUCAAAUUCUGAAUCACGUUCUCGAUGAUAUUGAAUUUUUUAUUACAAAACUGCAAAAAGCAGCCGAAGCCUUUUCUGAGCUUUCCAAACGGAAGAAAUCCAAGAAGAAGAAAAGUCCUGGAGACGGUCUUUUAACUCUCCGCGCACAGCCCCCUCCCCAGGAGGAGUUCGUAGACUGUUUCCAGAAAUUUAAACAUGGCUUCAACCUUCUGGCCAAACUGAAGUCCCACAUACAGAAUCCCAGCGCUGGUGAAUUGGUGCAUUUUCUCUUCACACCUUUAAAUAUGAUUGUGGAGGCGACAGGCGAUUCACAGCUGGCAGCGACCGUUCUCAGCCCUCUGUUAAUAAAGGAUGCCAUAGAUUUUCUACAUUUUGUACUUAACCACAAAGAGAAACAGUUGUGGUUAUCACUGGGCGACACGUGGAGCAAAUCAAGGAUGGAAUGGCCUAAGGAAAAGUUCAUCCCCCCAUAUAUCCCACGAUUCAGGAAUGCUUGGGAACCACCUUUGUUAUCCUUUGUUGGGAUACCUAAAGAGCAAGAACAGAAUCACUUGGUGGAAUCUGUAGCAAAUGUGUCCGAGCUUCAACAAAAUCCAGACGCUAAAAGUGUGUCAUCAGAGUUUUCCCAGGUUCCGAGCUACUCUCCGCACAGGGACCCUGAGCCGGAGAGCAAAGCCAAGAAAUACGCCAUAUGCAAGUAUGACUUUGUGGCCAGGAAUCUCAACGAGCUGUCUGUGCUGAAAGAUGACAUUGUGGAGGUUGUGGAUGAUCAGAAGCAGUGGUGGAAGGUUACAAAUUCCAGUGGAUCUUCUGGUUUUGUGCCAAACAAUAUCCUUGCAGCAAUGAAAGCCGAGGAGCGCUCAGAACCCGCCUAUAGCCAGACAAUUCAGCAAUUGCUGGGAGAGCUGUCGGAGAAACAAAAAUCUGAGUUAAUCACAAAGCACGUAGUUCCCAGCCCUCCUCCGAACCCUGUGCCUGCCCCACCUGUAAUCUCAAUACCCAUUUCAAAGUCGUAUCCAUCAGGAAACCUUGUCAGUCGCCAGAGCAGCACGUCCAGUGACAGCGGGGGCAGUUGUGUGCGAGACCACCAGGGAACCAAAUCUACUAACCGCAGAAAAUCUCAGAUGGAAGAAGUUCAGGAUGAAUUAGUUCACAGACUCACUAUUGGCCGUAGCACAGCUCAGAAGAAAUUCACUGUACCGCGACAAAACGCAUCGGCGGUCAAUAUCUCCUACAGUUCAUCUGCAGAGGAUGUGAAAGCAUGGCUGGAAGCAAAGGGAUUCAAUUCUGUGACAAUCACUAGUCUGGGGGUGUUGACGGGAGCCCAGAUCUUCUCUCUCACCAAGAAUGAAUUCAUGACGGUCUGUCCUGAAGGGCCGAGAGUCUACAACCAGGUCACUGUUCAGAAAGCCACUUUGGAGGAGGUAAAUGGGAGCUCAGAGCUGCUGGAAAUUAUGAGAAAACGUCAAGAGAAAAUCAGCGCAGCCGCCAGCGAUUCUGGGGUUGAAUCGUUUGAUGAAGGAAAUAAUCACUGAUUAUUAUUUUAUUAUUAUUAUUUUCGGGAAGAUUUAAUAUUCCAUUAAUUCGCCAAAUUUUAUUUCGGAGAAUUUGUCUUUCUCAGCAUUCUGUCUGUAAUGUAGGUUUGAUCCUGAUAGUAACUGUUCUUAUUGCUCUGUAUAAGCCUGGAUCAAUAUAUUCCUAUAAAGGCUGAAGUGGGGGGAGAGCUCGGAUCAGGGCAAUUUCUGUGCAUUACGUGUUCCUGCCCCAGUAUUAAGUGUUCCGGUGCCGCAACGCCCCGGACGGUGUAUAUUGCUCGCUGUAAUCGCAGUAGCUGUAUUCUUAUUUCUUGCUGACUGCCAUUCACAUACAUUGUUACAUUUCUUAUAUAUUUGUCUUCUAUAAAUAAAAGUUUAUAAAAUGAA